AUGUUUCCAGGACUGCAAUUGAGGUUGAGAGCCCAGGAUGUCAAUCUUGCGUUGCUGAAAAUCAACCAUGCUAUUCUUAUUCUCCUCGAUCCGCAUGCAAAUGAUGCAGCAAUCUGUGUUCCCUAUUGCCAGCACAUCCAUCGAGGCAUAAUGGACAUGAAAAAGGUUUGCAAAGGACGAACCGGCAAAGCAUGUACAGCAUGUGAACAGCUGUGCAGCAAUUUACAUGAUGUCACCGACGCAUCUGGCACUGAGUCAGAAGAAUCUGUCACUGAGUCAGAAUCUUCAGACUUGUUAGAUGACGUGAUUGUCUUGGACCACAAACCGUCCAAUUGGAUUGACAGGUCUCCAGGAAAGUCUAAAAAGAGAAGGCGAGAGGAAGAUCAGAUGAUGAAGUGA